AUGGAUCCACAUCAGCAUGAGAUGAAGGGAGAUGCAUCAGAAGAAGAAUGUUACAGCAGCAGUGAAUCUGGAUGGACCAUGUACAUAGGGUCCCCCAUGGAUGAUGACCAUGAUGAUGAUGAUGAUGAUUCCAUGGCUUCUGAUGCUUCAUCUGCUCCAACUCAUUAUUAUCCACUUCAAGAAGCUCAAAAGGAACAACAACAACAUGAUCUCAAUGAUGAUGAUGAGAACAACCAUUGCUUAGUCAGCAAAGCAAAGAAGAAACCAGUAGAACAAGAAGAAGAAAAGAAGAAGAAAAGGGAGGAAGAGGAGAAUUAA